GCGGCUUUCAUGAAAAGGGAAGGCAGGAGCCGGAUCGAAUCCGAGAGUGGAUCAGACAACGAGUGAGCCAAAGGGAUCGAGGAUAAAAUAAUUGAAGGCCAUCCUGCGCCAGGAGAGGUGCGAGCGAGUCGAGCAGAUUGAGCACAAGUGUGUAUUGCAGUGCUCUUCGGUGCUCGAUGUCAUCUUCUUCUUCGUCUUCUUCUUCUUCCUCUUUCUCUUUCUCGAACCGUGCGUGAGGAGGAAUCCGUUCUGCGGUGCGCUCGCUCGCUCGCUCGCUCGCUCGUCCGGUUGAGUUUCGAAGCGUCGUGCGUGCGUGCGUGCUGUGAGGAACCAUGGCGUCCGCCGUCGUCUGCACCUCCUGCAUUUGCCCGCGAGUCUUCGUCGAGCAGGCAGGCAGAGCUGCCGUCAAGGCGGCGAGCGCUGCUCCGGUGCUGUCUUCCUCAUUUUGUGGAAAGCAGAGCUGGACGAGGAGAGAGGGGCGCUUUUCCCUGACGCACCGAAAUGGGCAAUUGAAUGCCCGAAGGCCUGCGAGUUGCUGGGCGCACGUCGGUUUUGUCGUGAACACCGUUGCCGUGGCCAAUGAAUCUGUCACCACCACCACUCCCAUGGGUCUUGAAGUUGUCGAAACCGACCGGCCCAAUUGUCGAGUGCAGCUCAGUAUCACGGUUCCCGCAAACAUCUGCAAGAGCGCUUACAACGAUGUUAUCAAAGAAUUUUCGAAGAAGGCGAAGGUGCCUGGAUUCCGACCCGGAAAAAGGAUUCCGGAAAACGUUUUGGUAAACUACAUUGGACCGGCUCAAGUGCGGUCAUCUGCUGUGGAGGCCAUUCUGAAGAAAACGCUUCCGGAGGCCUUGUCUUCCGUUGCAGGAAGAGCUUUGAAGGAGUCAGAGCACAUUGUAAGCAAGUUUCAAGAUCUAGAAGCGGGCUUCUCACCAGAUGGUCCUCUUAGCUACGAUGUGGCAGUUGAUGUUGCUCCAGAAAUAAAGUGGGUUACGGAGAAGGCAUAUCGGAACAUGGAAGUUGAAGUCAAUCUCGAGAAUGACCUUACCCCUGGCCAAGCGGCAGCUGCAGAAUUCAGGUCCCGACUGAAGGACCUGGGUUCUCUCCGAGUGAAAGAGACUGGAGGCUUGGAGAUGUGUGACGUUGCAAUUAUUGACAUCAGUUGCAAUCGAAUCAACGCUGAUGGUUCUCUGGGAGAUAAGGUUCUAUCUGCCGAACAGAAAGGCUUUCAACUUGAUACGGAAGACGGAGCCAAUUUUUUGCCUGGUUUUGUCGACGCACUGAUCGGUAUCAAUCGUGAAGAGACACGUGAAUUCGAUUUGGUGUUCCCUCAAACGUGGCAACAAGAGUCCCUCAGGGGAAUUCAUGCUAAAUUUACGGGGUACUGCAAGGAAAUAUUUGUUCGUCGUCUUCCAGAAGUGGAUGACACAAUCGCCCCUAAGCUGAUGGAGGGUUGUACUACUAUUCAGCAGGUUAGAAUCGAGCUGCAGAACAAGCAUGAAGUAAUCCAGGUGCAAGCCAAAAAGCAGGCUACGCAGUUGGCAAUUGCCGCAGAAUUGUCGAAGGUCGUCGUCCUCGAUGUACCCAACUCUCUGCUGGAGGAACAAGGGCGUCAAAUGUAUGCUGCGAAACUGAUUGAGCUUCAGGCUCAGGCCAAGUUGACCAAAGAGCAAGUUGUCCAACUAUCCAGUCAAGAGAUGGUGACCAACUAUCUUCAAGCACAAAAAGAAAAGAUAAUGGACAGCGUCAAGCAGACGUUGGCGGUCGCAGAAAUUUACAAGCUGGAAAAUCUUCAGUAUACUGAAGAGGAGCUGAAUGCGGAAAUAGAGACCGCAAUUGAAGAGUUCAAACGUUACAACCAGGAAUAUGAUGAGAAGAGGGUAAAGGAGCAGGCAGCAGAGUUGCUAGAGGGGUCUAAAGUUAUGGAUUGGCUUGUAGCAAACAGCCGAAUAUCUUACAGCAUUGUCACAUUCGUAGAAUGAAAAGUAGGAAAGUUUUAGGAGUUUCCCUCCCCAUUUGAGUUCAACACCAGUCGCAGUUUAUGGAAAUCUGUUGGUCGAAGCGCAUGCUUCUUGACUCCUUGACUUGGCCAGUCAACGAUGUUAUGAAGGAAGGCUUCACAGUAGAGUUCAGAGGUUCGCUUUUCGUGACAGAUAUGCUAGGACACAUCUGGUAAGGAGGAAGAGUCGGUGUAGAGCAGCCGAGUCGGAGGAAGAAGCCGUUUACUUCAGGAAUGGUUAAUCCAGAAUUUUGUAGUCUUUCUGUAAUCUCGAAUCUAGCCUUAGAAUUAUGUAUAUCUAUGAAAGCCCCAUUAUUUACUCGAGUUCACAAAAAGUUUCUUGAGUUUGAAGGCUGUAUUAACUCCUGUUUAUUAGCUCCAGUGACGACGCAACAAUAAAUUUAACUCUAAUAUUUCC